UGACGUCGGGUUUGUUUAUCCCUUUGGCAAAUCUCCCACUGGAACUUUCGCUGGAGUUUAUGAACAUUCUUCGGUGACGCAAGCGCCCAGAAUAGAUGCAACUGUAUAUGAAGUCCAGCUUGGCUCAGUCCAACGUCAUGCCAGCAAUGGAGUCUCAAGUGCGAAGCAAAUUUGACUCGGAAGUAUGCAGAGACGGAAUUGUUGAUGGCGUGAUCCUCGGAGGGUAAGGAGUUCGAUGCGCGGAAACCAGAACCAGUCCUCGCGUGUGGCCGUGAAAAGCAAGGAUGGCGAACCUACACGGGAGCUUGAAUGAACGAAGUUGAAACUUCAUCGUCUUCCUUUCCUCUAAAAAAAAGUCCUUGGGAGCUCCUGGGACGGAAAAAGGCUCGUCGACACAUGGGCACGGAAAACUGCGAACGAUUUGAGAAAGCUCUCGUGGCCGUUGUGGCCCCUGUCUCCUCUCGGAGCGUGUGGGAACUCUCCCUCCAUUUCGGUGCACGGUACCAAAAUGCAGUUGUAGAGACGAUCGGCAGAUCCUUUGGUGCCGUACGGUAGUAGUUACGGUACUCCCAGGGUUUCGAAGGUUGAACGUGGUGUGGUGUGGUGUGCCGGGGCUACUGAUGGUUAGGACAUGUGCGGUGUUAAUGUUGGGACGGUUUUACGCUGCUUCGGGCUUUGAGGUUGAGAUGGAAGGACUCAGAAUGGAACCGUUCCUUUGGUUUUGAGCGUGGAUGUGCGGUUUUGUCUCGAAAAUGUGGCACUUGAAGUGUGUCUGGUUCGGUGAAGACGACCAAGGGGAAUGAGUGAGUGCUGAAUUUGCACGAGGUUCGUAAGAAAGUGAGUGGAAGGUGAGAUUAAGGCGUGAAGGCCGGUUCUUAGGCUUGGUGUGCUCUUAAAUGAGCAUUAUUGAAGGUGCUCAGUAUCUGAGGGACAGCUGGUGGAUGGAAUUGGCGUUACGUAGGUUCAUUUCCUGCUUCGUGUUGCGUUAGUAUGUGCUGAAUUUGCAGCUGAAGUUAGUGCUGGAUUUCGCUGACUGUCGGGUCGUUUAGACAAUGAUUAAUAAAUGCUUAGGGAAGAAGUGGUAGACUUGGGCGUUUUUUUGAGCUGGUUAGCUGCCGUUUCAACUUGCUUGCUGUGAGCACUCAAGGACUCCAGGUGUUUCUUGAAAGCAAGCUAAGUAUAUCGAAAACUCGUAAUGCUGGAAUGCUCGUCGCGCAGCUCCUGGUGCUUUUGCAAGCAAUAAUUCUUCACUGCUCUCCAAAGGGGUCUUUUGUGACCUUCUGUCAGGGAAUGGUAAGGGUGCAUGUUCGCAGCUUCAAGCGACUCCGUACAUACACUGCAUAGAACUCAUCUUGAUUGCGGCAGUUUUCUGUGAGGCCCUCCAGGACUGUAUUGGUUCAAGUCAUUCCGUUCUUGCGAAGCUGGUAAUGCCUACAUGAUUGGUUUACUCCGCUUGCCCACGAGGAGUAAAGAGAGAACGAGAGGGAUUUAUUGAACAGGUACAUCGAGGUCCGUCAGAAGGUGACUUAGGCGGGUGCUUAUCUCAAAUAUAUUUGGUUUGAUGACUCUAAGUUGUGGUACUGAGAGAAAAAUUGACUGCAAGUCGUGGUUGGUGCUCCAGCAAUGCAAAUAGACUUGAAAAUGAAUAACUUCUGAUUAGCGGUGUAUCCGUCGUACCGAGAAGCCGAACUCCGACAGCAGUACUAUAGACCGCCACAGGCUCUUUUUUCUUUGUAAAAGCCAAUUAUUAAAUCUUGUUCGAGUUGGCCAAAUAUAGGUUACUGACCUCAACAGUACUUCGCUCUUGCAAAGUCUAAGCAGGUGCUCAGUUGGAGUCACAUACAUGAUCGCUUUAGCGAACAAUGUUUGAGUCCGCCCUCUGUGUCAUAUAUUGGAUGUAGGUAUACAGGGUGCAGCAAUGUCUGCACUGGGAGAAGUUACGAAGGAAGAAGAGGCAGAUGAGAUUUAUGAACUCAGUUCCAGCAGUACCAACAGUGAUGAUCUUAGAGAAGAGGAGGAACUGGUUAAAAGAGUCAGUCCGCAAGGAAGCCCUUGGAGUGAAGGAUUUUCGCAUAAGAAGCAGAAAGUAGAGCCUGUGAAUGUUUUGCGAUUGAAUUCAUGGAGAUACGAAGACUUGAAGAAUGAAGCGCUUGGGGAUUUAGGCCUUGAUCAUGAAGCGAAGGUCGAUUCGUUGGUUGCACUACCUUUCUUCCCUCAACCCUCUCCCGAUGAGUCUGCGCGGAAGCAGACCGAGUCUCGAGCUGCCUGCAAGCAGUUUUGGAAAGCUGGGGACUAUGACGGUCAGCCUGCUAUUGUCAUGCAACAAGCAGGUGCAAUUGAUCACGUUCGGGUUCACCCAAAGUUCCUGCACUCCAAUGCAACCAGUCACAGAUGGGUGCUUGGGGCUGUUGCUGAACUAGUGGACAACGCUGUGGAUGAGGUUAUGAAUGGCGCAACAUUUGUGAAUGUAGACGUGUCCUUACACCCGAGGAAUCGCUCUCCUAUGCUUGUCAUUCAAGAUGAUGGCGGUGGAAUGACUCCCGACCGAAUGCGUCAAUGCAUGUCUCUUGGAUACUCCUCAAAGAGCAAAAGUGAUAACAGUAUCGGCCAAUAUGGAAAUGGUUUCAAGACGAGUACUAUGCGUCUUGCCGCUGAUGUGAUUGUCUUUUCUCGAUCUCGUGCUUCCAAUGGACACAGAGCUACUCAGAGUAUUGGUAUGCUAUCUUUUACUUUUUUAAGACAAAGUGGUCAUGACGACAUUAUUGUUCCAAUGAUCGAUUAUGAAGUCGGAGACGGCGAGGUGUGGAAAAUAAUGAGGACAUCUUUGAAGGACUGGACCCACAAUCUGGAAACAAUUCAGACCUGGUCUCCUUACAACACUGAGGAAGAACUAUUUGAUCAGUUUACAGGAAUGAUGGACCAUGGUACAAGGAUUGUUUUGUACAAUUUGUGGGAGGACGAUCAAGGUCAACUCGAGCUAGAUUUCGAUACAGAUCCCAAUGAUAUUCAAAUCAGAGGAGCUAAUCGUGACGAGAAGAAAAUUCAAAUGGCUCAGCGAUUUCCAAACUCCAGCCAUUUCCUCACUUAUCGUUACUCCUUGCGGAGUUAUGUCUCCAUUUUGUACUUGAAGUUGCCUCCCAAAUUUAGAAUCAUUCUACGGGGACAAGAAGUUCAACACCACAGCCUUGUAGACGACUUGAUGUUUACUCAAGAACUCACAUACAGGCCACAAAGUGGGGCUGAACAUGUUACGAAAGAAACCGAUAUGUUGGCAGUUGUGACCAUUGGGUUUGUAAAGGAUGCCAAGGAUCAUGUAAACAUACAAGGUUUCAACGUUUACCACAAAAACCGGCUAAUUAAGCCAUUUUGGAAGAUUUGGAAUUGCACUGGUAGCGAUGGGCGGGGCAUUAUAGGAGUGCUAGAGGCCAACUUUGUGGAACCUGCUCAUGAUAAACAAGGCUUUGAGCGCACUACAGUGCUGUCGCGACUAGAGUCACGCUUGUUGCAGAUGCAGAAGAACUAUUGGGCAAAUAAUUGUCAUAAAGUAGGCUAUGUAAGCAAAAGGAGUAAGAAGAGUAUUCCACCUGCCCCUCUGUCUGGAGAUAUUAUCAUGAAUAGGGGACAGGGGUCAACAAUGUCAUCUCCAAUUUCAGACCCUUAUGCAGAACUUCGUCUCUCUUUGCCUACCAACACAUUAAGUGAAUGCCGGAGAGGAGGAGGAAUUUUGCGGACUUAUGGAGAGGGAACAUCAGGAAGGCUACGGCUUGAAAUUGAACCUGCCGCCGCAGUAUCUAGAAGUGGAUCGCUUACCAAUGGCAUUUUUGUUGCGAAGGUUAACGACUCUGUUCCGAAGGAUAGCCGGAAAUCAUUGGAAGAUCUUGGAAGAAUGUUUGUAAGGAGGGCUGCUGCUGCAGAGGUUUCCCAUCCUCCACAGGAACAGCAGCGUCCAGCAAACUCGAAUAGUCAUAGAGCAUCAAUGGAACUUGAGAUACUGAAGCAGCUCAAAGAUGAAAAUGAUCAAAUUCGAGGAAGAUGUCAAAGGUUGGAGGAGGCAAGUGAGCAGAGUCUCAUGUUUGAAGUUGAUCGAAAUCGUAAAUUAGAGGCUCAGCUUCUGGAUCUAGAGCAACAGCAAGCGGUUUAUAGGCGCAAUUUAGAGAAAUGUGUUCGAGAACGGGAUAGUCUGCAUAUUGCAUUGGAGGAGGAGCGACAGAUUCGAGAACAUGAUGAUGAAAAAAUGAGAAAGAAACUUAAGGUAGCACUCCUACGUGUGCGAGAGCUGGAAUCUGAAAACCACCGCUUGCGUUUCUCAAGCCGGGUAGGGUUUAGCUUGAUCUUGCCUCCACCUCUUACCACCAUUGCAAAAAUGGAUGUCUGAUCGGGGUGAGCAGAAGUUUUGUUUUGUUUAAACCCAGUUUAAACAUUCUUACAUGAGGUUUGCAACUCUGAAUCACUAAAUCUUUGAUCAGGGAAGCUGUGCUAUUUUACUCCUUUUCUCAAUCUCAGGCUGUAGAUUUCAUGGUCAUAUUUUUACAUGUGCAUUUCUUUGGGAAGAGUUAGUUUCUUGCACAAUUCAAAGUCCAGCGUAUAUAGCAAUUUUUCCAGAAGCUUGUGGAGUGGAAACUUACUUGUAUCCAGUUUUUUGUCACUGGUUCUUUUGAUGAGUAAGUUCUACAAAUCUACAGUCGACUGAAACACAGAAUCAGGUUAUCAAACCAGGUUAUUAAUUUUUUUAAUUCA